UUGCUUACACCAGGUGCACGCCGGCGGCAGGCUGUGCAAAGCCGCCCGCAGGAAGGAGGGAAGGAAAGGAGGCAGCCGCUACCAAGGCGAAAUCGGAGCGAAGGAAGCGCCAGCCGCUCGCUACCUGCGGACUACAGCGCGGACGUUACAGCCACAGGCGGGGAAGAAGAGGGGGGGGGAGGACGCGCCUCCCGGAGCCGCACUCCGCUCCUUGCCGAGGAAGAGAUUUUCGUAGCACCCGGCGCUUGGUGUGUGGGGGUGUGUGUGCGCGAGCCUGGCCAGCCGCUGGUCCUGGUUGCUCCCAGGGAGGGCCGGCAGCUGUUGCGCGAGCCGAGCUCUCUCGCCUUCUUGCAUGGGGGGCCCCGCAACAGAAGAGCGGCUUGGGUAGCGGCAGCGGCGGCGGCGGCGGCGGCAGACCCGGGUUCUCUCCCCGCCCACCGCGCGCUCUUCGGAUAUAUUGAUGAAAAAAGAUCACAUGGAAUAAAAGAAUUGGCAAGGAGAUACUACGUCAAUUACUAUUCACAAAAGAAAAAUUGUGGGAAUAUCUUCCAUCCUCUGCAUCACCGGGCAUUUAAAGCCAAAUUUCUGAGUUUUAUUUCCUGCUCAAUAAAUAGAUAUUGGGAUCUGCAAUUAUUUGCAAGUGAUUCACCAGCACAGUCUACAACAAACAAACCAAUAUGGCCUGGGUGCGGUUGGCUUUCUGGGUUGGCCAUUUGAUGCUAGGAUUGCUCAUAAAUCCAUUAAGUGCAUCUUCCCUACAGAGUAACGAAUGCCCACAGUUAUGUGUCUGUGAGAUAAGGCCAUGGUUUACACCUCAGUCAACCUAUAGAGAAGCUACAACGGUUGACUGUAAUGAUCUGCGUUUAACAAAAAUCCCAAGUAAUCUUUCCAGUGAUACUCAAGUUCUUCUCUUACAAAGCAACAACAUUGCCAGGACAACUGACGAACUCCAACAGCUUUUCAAUUUAACGGAGCUGGAUUUUUCACAAAAUAAUUUUACAAGUAUAAAAGAUGUGGGGCUGUCAAAUCUUACUCAACUCACUACUUUACACCUAGAGGAGAAUCAGAUCACAGAGAUGACAGAUUACUGUCUACAGGAUUUGUGCAAUCUUCAGGAACUUUACAUAAACCAUAACCAAAUCAGUACUAUUUCUGCAAAUGCAUUCUCAGGCCUGAAGAAUCUUUUAAGACUCCAUCUCAAUUCCAACAAACUAAAAGUUAUUGAUAGUCGUUGGUUUGAUUCUACGCCCAACUUGGAAAUUUUGAUGAUUGGGGAAAAUCCUGUGAUUGGAAUAUUAGAUAUGAACUUUAAGCCACUCUUAAAUUUAAGAAGUCUGGUGUUGGCUGGGAUGUAUCUGACUGACAUUCCUGGAAAUGCUCUGGUAGGCUUGGAUAGUCUUGAAAGUCUCUCAUUUUAUGAUAACAGGUUGGUUAAAGUUCCUCAGCUGGCACUUGAGAAAGUUCAAAAUUUGAAAUUCUUGGAUCUUAACAAAAACCCAAUCCAUAAAAUUCAGGAAGGAGACUUCAAGAACAUGCUUCGGCUGAAAGAGCUGGGAAUCAACAAUAUGGGAGAACUUGUCUCUGUUGACAGGUAUGCUCUUGACAAUCUUCCUGAACUUACCAAGCUUGAAGCAACAAACAACCCAAAGUUGUCUUACAUUCAUCGUUUAGCAUUUCGGAAUGUUCCUGCUCUGGAAAGCCUGAUGCUUAACAACAAUGCCUUGAAUGCAGUCUACCAAAAAACAGUGGAAUCCCUUCCAAAUUUGCGUGAAAUUAGCAUUCACAGUAACCCCCUCAGGUGUGAUUGUGUCAUCCACUGGAUAAACUCUAACAAGACCAAUAUCCGUUUCAUGGAGCCCCUCUCAAUGUUCUGUGCUAUGCCACCAGAAUAUAGAGGACAGCAAGUAAAGGAGGUAUUAAUACAAGAUUCUAAUGAGCAAUGUCUUCCAAUGAUUUCUCAUGACACAUUUCCAAAUCAUUUGAAUCUGGACAUUGGCAUGACGGUUUUCUUGGAUUGUCGAGCUAUGGCAGAGCCAGAACCUGAGAUCUAUUGGGUAACUCCCCUUGGGAAUAAAAUAACGACUGAAACGCUUUCGGACAAAUACAAACUUAGUAAUGAAGGGACUCUGGAAAUAUCAAACAUUCAGACUGAAGAUUCAGGAAGGUACACGUGUGUAGCCCAAAACAUAGAAGGUGCUGAUACAAGAGUAGCUACGAUAAGAGUGAAUGGAACACUUCUGGAUGGUACUCAGGUGCUGAAAAUAUAUGUCAAACAAGCAGAAUCUCAUUCAAUCCUGGUUUCUUGGAAGGUCAAUUCUAAUGUUAUGACUUCCAAUUUGAAGUGGUCAUCAGCAACCAUGAAGAUUGACAACCCUCACAUUACCUAUACUGCUAGGGUUCCUGUUGAUGUGCAUGAAUACAACCUCACACACUUGCAACCCUCCACAGAUUAUGAAGUCUGUCUCACCGUCUCUAAUAUCCAUCAGCAAACUCAGAAGUCCUGUGUUAAUGUUACCACAAAAAAUGCAGCCUUUGCCCUUGAUAUUACUGACCAAGAGACGAGCACAGCCCUGGCUGCUGUCAUGGGAUCCAUGUUUGCGGUUAUUAGUCUUGCCUCUGUUUCUGUCUAUGUUGCCAAGAGGUUUAAGAGAAAAAACUACCACCAUUCCUUGAAAAAGUAUAUGCAAAAAACGUCCUCUAUUCCCCUGAAUGAACUGUACCCUCCACUUAUUAAUCUCUGGGAAGGUGACAGUGAAAAAGACAAAGAGGGCUCUGCAGAAACCAAGCCAACUCAAGUGGACACAUCCAGAAGCUAUUAUAUGUGGUAACUCAGAUGAUAUUUCGCUUCUGGUAGUAAGGAGCACAAAAGACUUUUUUGCUUUAUUCUGCAAAA